CUUCAGUGCGGCCACGCAGGGAGUCAGGGCUCCAGACAUCUGCACUAACUUCCGAAGGAAAAAAGACAACCCGCUCCGGCUAAUAUGACAAGAAUCCUCCUGGCGUGCAGCGUGGUGAAAUCUCUCAGACGAGGAUGUGUGGUCGGCAGGAGAGUGGCGCGCGCGUCAGCCUGCUCCAGGCUUCAAACCGCACAACUUUUCAGUGCCAAGGCCCAGACAGCCCACCUCGUCCUGGAGGAUGGCACCAGGAUGAAAGGCUUUUCCUUCGGGCACAAUACCUCAGCAGCUGGAGAGCUGGUCUUCAAUACUGGCCUGGUGGGGUAUCCUGAGGCGCUGACUGAUCCCAGCUACAGAGGUCAGAUCCUGACACUUACUUACCCAAUUGUAGGGAACUAUGGAGUCCCCAACACCCAGGAGCUGGACGAGCUGGGUCUGAGGAAGCAUGUGGAGUCAGAGCGCAUCCAGGUGUCUGGUCUUUUGGUGCAGGACUACAGCCAUGAAUACAGCCACUGGAACUCUGUCAAGUCUUUGGGUGAAUGGCUGCAAGAAGAAAAGGUCCCUGCGCUGUUUGGAGUUGACACCAGAAUGCUGACCAAAAUCAUCAGAGAUAAGGGUACAGUUUUGGGAAAGAUUGAAUUUGACGGCCAGCCUGUUGAGAUAUCUGACCCCAACCAGAGAAACCUGGUAGCCGAGGUUUCAACCAAGGAAAUCAAAGUUUUUGGGAAAGGCAACCCGGUGAAGGUGGUGGCCGUGGAUUGUGGCAUUAAACAUAACAUCAUUCGUCUGCUGGUGAAGCGAGGAGCAGAGGUCCACCUGGUGCCUUGGGACCAGGACUUGCUGAGUCUGGAGUAUGAUGGGCUUUUCUUGUCUAAUGGACCCGGAGAUCCAGCUCUGGCUGAGACACUCAUCCAGAACGUCCGCAAGGUGCUGCAGAGUGAUCGUCCCGAGCCUGUUUUCGGGAUCUGUAUGGGGAACCAGAUCACUGCUCUGGCUGCUGGAGCAAAGUCAUACAAGCUGCCUAUGGGCAACAGAGGCCAGAACCAGCCGGUGCUGAACAUAAUGACAGGCCAGGCCUUCAUUACUGCACAGAACCACGGGUACGGCAUAGACAGCGGAUCCCUGCCUCCGGGGUGGAGCCCGCUCUUUGUCAACGCCAAUGAUGAAACCAACGAGGGCAUCAUGCACAACACUAAGCCCGUGUUCACGGCCCAGUUCCACCCAGAGGCGAAGGGCGGCCCCACUGACACAGAGUUCUUCUUUGAUGCUUUCAUGUCUCUGAUCAAGAAAGGGAAGGAUGCAAACAUCGUGUCAGUGAUGCCUGCUAAACCCAACCUUCCUCCAAGAGCCCAGGUGUCAAAGGUUCUGGUUCUGGGCUCUGGGGGUCUGUCUAUUGGGCAGGCUGGAGAAUUUGACUACUCUGGAUCUCAGGCUGUCAAAGCCAUGAAGGAAGAAAACCUGAAGACCGUCCUCAUGAAUCCAAAUAUAGCCUCGGUGCAGACCAAUGAGGUCGGCUCCAAGCAGGCCGACUCAGUCUACUUCCUGCCAGUGACGCCAGAGUUUGUGACUGAAGUCAUCAAGGCCGAGCGUCCAGACGGCAUCCUGCUCUCUAUGGGUGGCCAGACUGCACUCAACUGUGGAGUGGAAUUGUAUAAGCGUGGCGUCUUGGAGAAGUAUGGAGUGAAAGUCCUGGGAACGUCGGUGGAGUCCAUCAUGGCCACAGAGGACAGGCAAAUCUUUGCUGACAAGCUUCUGGAAAUCAAUGAGAAGAUUGCUCCCAGUAUUGCUGUGGAGUCGGUGUCCGACGCCCUAAAAGCGGCAGAGAAGAUCGGCUACCCGGUGAUGUUGCGCUCAGCGUACGCUCUGGGAGGCUUGGGCUCCGGUCUGUGCGCGAACAAAGAAAAGCUGGAGGAGACUGCUUCAAAGGCUCUUGCCAUAACCAGUCAGAUCCUGGUGGAGAAGUCACUGCUGGGCUGGAAGGAGGUGGAGUAUGAGGUGGUGAGAGACGUGGCCGAUAACUGUGUCACCGUCUGCAACAUGGAGAACUUCGAUCCUCUGGGAAUUCACACAGGUGACUCCAUCGUGGUGGCGCCGAGUCAGACCUUGUCCAACGAGGAGUACCACAUGCUCCGGGAGACUGCCAUCAAGGUGGUGCGUCACCUCGGCAUCGUGGGAGAGUGCAACAUCCAGUACGCCCUGAACCCGUCCUCCCUGGAGUACUGCAUCAUUGAGGUUAACGCCCGUCUCUCCAGAAGCUCGGCUCUGGCGUCCAAAGCUACCGGGUACCCCUUGGCGUUUGUUGCUGCGAAGCUGGCUCUGGGCAUCCACCUGCCUCAGAUCAAGAACGCCGUAUCAGAGAAAACCACCGCCUGCUUCGAGCCGAGCCUGGACUACAUCGUCACCAAGAUUCCCCGCUGGGAUCUCGACCGCUUUCAGGGCAUGUCCCGAGAAAUCGGCAGCGCCAUGAAGAGCGUUGGAGAGGUGAUGGCGAUUGGCCGGACCUUUGAGGAGAGUGUGCAGAAAGCCUUGAGGAUGUGUCAUCCCUCAGUGGAUGGCUUUGUGCCCCAGCUGCCACUCAAGAAAGCCUGGGCCAACACCCAGGACCUGCAGCAGGAGCUGGCUGUGCCCUCCAGCACCCGGAUCUUCUCCCUCGCCAAGGCCCUCCACGACGGCGUGACUGUUGAUGAAAUCCACCAGCUGACGGCCAUAGACAAGUGGUUCCUCUACAAACUGCAGCGGAUAACACAGCUGGAGAAGCACCUGUCAGACUACAAGAGUGACACAGUACCCAAACAGCUGCUGCUGAAGGCCAAGCAGGACGGCUUUUCAGACCGACAGGUCGGCCAGAUCCUGGGCACCAGCGAGAGCGCUGCCCGAGAGCUGAGGAUCAGCCAUGGCAUCAAACCCUGGGUCAAACAGAUUGACACCUUGGCAGCCGAGUACCCAGCAAUGACUAACUAUCUGUACUGCACUUACCACGGUCAGGAGCACGAUCUGGACUUCAAGGACAAAGGCAUCAUGGUUCUUGGUUGUGGUCCGUAUCACAUUGGCAGCAGUGUGGAGUUCGACUGGUGCGCAGUGUCAAGUAUCAGAGCCUUGAGACAAAUGGGCAAGAAGACAGUGGUGGUUAACCACAACCCUGAGACGGUCAGCACGGACUUCGACGAGUGUGACCGGCUCUACUUUGAAGAACUGACCCUCGAGCGCAUCUUGGACGUCACACAGCAGGAGGGCUGCUCCGGGAGCAUCGUGUCAGUGGGAGGUCAGAUUCCCAACAACCUGGCCGUCCCGCUCCACCGCAACGGGGUGAAGAUACUGGGCACCAGCCCCCUCCAGAUCGACCGGGCCGAGGAGCGCUCCAUCUUCUCCAGCAUCCUGGACGACCUCGACGUGGCCCAGGCCCCGUGGAAAGCUCUGAACUCCCUGGAUGACGCCUUUACUUUUGCCAACCAGGUGGGUUAUCCCUGUCUGCUGCGGCCAUCGUAUGUUCUCAGCGGCUCUGCCAUGAACGUUGCAUAUGGAGAAGAGGAGAUGAAACGCUUCUUGGAGGAGGCCACCCAGGUGUCCCAGGAGCAUCCAGUGGUCAUCACCAAGUUCAUCCGUGGAGCCAGGGAGGUGGAGGUGGACGCCGUGGCCAAAGACGGCAAGGUUCUGGUCCACGCCAUAACGGAGCACGUUGAAGACGCAGGGGUGCACUCGGGAGACGCCACCCUCAUUCUGCCCACCCAGACCAUCAGCCAGGGGGCGCUAGAGAAGGUCAAAAUUGCCACCCGGAGGAUUGCACAUGCAUUUGAGAUUUCGGGCCCCUUCAACACUCAGUUUCUGGUUAAAGGCAACGAUGUAAUGGUGAUUGAGUGUAAUCUGCGGGCAUCACGCUCCUUCCCGUUUGUGUCAAAAACCAUCGGUGUGGACUUCAUCAAUGUGGCCACCAAAGUGAUGGUGGGGGAGCCUCUGAACGAGGCCAGUCUGCCCUCCCUGGAGAAGCCCAUCAUUCCCAUUGACUACGUAGGAAUCAAGGCCCCCAUGUUCUCCUGGCCUCGGCUGAGGGAUGCAGACCCGGUGCUGCGCUGUGAGAUGGCUUCAACCGGCGAAGUCGCGUGUUUUGGACCAAAUAUUUAUUCCGCCUUCCUGAAGGCGAUGCUCUCCACAGGCUUUAAGCUGCCACAGAAGGGCAUCCUGAUUGGGAUUCAGCAUUCGUUCCGGCCCAACUUCUUGGCGACGGCGCACCAGCUGAAGGAGGAAGGCUUCAAGCUCUAUGCGACCGAAGCCACAUCUGCCUGGCUGUGUGCCAACGACGUCCCUGCCAUUCCGGUCUCCUGGCCCACUCAGAACGAAGGCGAAAACAACCUGCCCAGCAUCAAGAGGCUGAUCAGGGAAGGUGACAUUGACCUGGUGGUUAAUCUCCCUAAUAACAACACACGAUACGUGAAGGAUAACUUCAUCAUCCGCAGAAUGGCGGUGGACUACGGCGUUCCUCUCAUUACAAACUACCAGGUGGUGAAGCUGUUCGCCGAGGCCGUUCGCUACGCGGGGGAGCUCGACACGACCAGCCUCUUCCACUACCGGCAGAAAGAAAGUCACCGGCAGAAGGAACAUCGGGAGGCGACGCAGCAGGGCUGAAGCCUUCCCGCCUCUCCAGCCCACUCCUUUCAUUUCUGUUACAAAACCGCAACAGUCAGUGGGAACAUUGUCUUUUCUAUAUUGUUUACAAGGGUUUUGUCGAGAAGAUGUACAGCUUACUUAAGGCACCGAAGCCACAAGUCAAACACAGAAAAGAUCACAGCGUUGUAACUAAUAGUUACAACAUACCUGCUGUAAUUAUUACUCUAUUUUUGUAUUCGUCACUUGGCAGAGCUCAUGUUUUAAAUGUAAAUGAUUAAAGAAAGCUUUUGAUAAAAUCUGAAAUGGACCACAUGUUCUGCAGGUUUUGGUUAAAUAAGGUCAAAAGUCAAACCUGUUAAGCAAAAACUUUGACCUGAUUAGUCAAAUGAACCAAAGUGUCAGACUGGGUGAGAAACAAAUCACCAAUCCAGUCGCAAAUGCAGCUAAUGAAAAAUUUUAUUGACUUAAUGUCUUAAUUACUCGUCUUUAUUAACAAAUAAAACUCACUCUUGAGUCUGUAAAUGCCAAAACGUAGCAAAGAAGGUCAUUCACAAGGUUUUCAGUCACGUGAAUAUUGAAAAGUGUCAGUAUGAUUUGUUUUAUGUUUGCUUUUGAGUUUAAGUGUCAUGUGAUUCAGUGGAUGCAUUUCUGAGUGUAUUUCAACGCUGGUGACUUGGACAGACCACUUUUUGCCCAUUUGUUGUAAUUAAGGACUUUUGUUUUACAGUUGAACUGUUAAAAUUGUGUUACAUGGGAAAAAAAUGUACACUUUGGAUACGUAACUGGAAGGAAGGUAAUUCUCAUGUAUUUUUAUGAGAAGAGUAGGCUGUCAUUUCUCAAGUGUUUCACCCUGCAAUGCGAACUUUGAAGAUUUUAACUGCUGCUAAAAUAGUUGGGUUUAUCUCUGUAUAUACUACGUUUCAGACUGAGUCUGCAUUUGAACCUACUCUGCAUUUUAAUACAUCCCACUGAGUGCCUUUAACCAGGGACUGUAAUUAUAGUAAUGUAAUCUGUCACACGUUACUUUGUGUUUGAGAGUUCACAGAAAUACAUCGAGCGCUCUGUGGCAUGAGAUCCACUCAUUGCAUUCAUGUGUGUGUGUGCGAUUAAGGUGUUGGCGUUGGGCUUUCAUUGAAGUCAGGGAUCUCCCCCCUCCCACCUGACUGUUUCUGCCUUCAGUAGCUGAUACACAUGCAGGACUACGUCACAGUCUGAUUAAAGAGCUUGAUAAAAAAGUGGUAUUCUCGUAAUAUAUGUCCAAGGGCAAAGUCUAUCAAUGUCAUUUAUUUACAGUGGCAGUAAAGAAAAACUCAAAGCUGCAUUAUUUUUGACAGACUCUCCUACUGGGCCCUAUGACUUUGCAUCAGUCAUACAUGUGAGUGUGAUGGCAGCACAUCUAGUGUGGCUCAGGGUCUGAAGGUUUGGGAAGCACUCAAACCAACACCUUCACUUUCCGUUUAAAGAUGGUUUCUUAUCAGUGGACUUUUUAUUUCUAAAAACCAAACCACUGUGAACAAAUCAUUGUUCACUUUUGUGUCCUUUUCUGAGUGUGUUU